AAAGCCAAACUCGGCUGAAUAAUCGAAGUUUCAGAGAGCUCAGAGACUGCUCUCGGUUUAACGAUCGGCCGAUUAGCCGAUCCUAAUUGAGCGUGGCGAUACCGCGAAGGGGGAGCCGCGUGCGCGCAAGGCAAAUUUCCGAGUCGAAGAAGUCGUGCACUGUACGUCAGAGAGCUCGCACAGCGGCGAUGCAGCACGCUUACUACUCCCCGCGGGGUCUUUGACUCUUUCCAGACGACUAUUAAAAGCCCAUCGUCAUGCGAGUGAAAAUAAUGCUGCCGCUUCUCUGGCUGCUCGGCUACUGCGCCGAUACGAUUGCCGGGUCGGAAAGGGGUUCAAGGUCGUCAUCGUCGACUGCAGCGCAAGCCGCGCCCGCGAGCCUAGCAAACCGCAGCCAGCAGCAGCAGGCUUCCGCCCGGGAACGUGACUUCCGGCCGUCUUCGCCUUGGCCAGAUCCUACAGCUGUUUACAAGUCGGCCGAUAUCGGCGACGAGCAUUUAAUUGGAGGACGCGUAACCUUCUUCACGCCCGAUGACUUGAUAUGGAAGAGGAGAAGCGUGGCAGCGGCGAUAGGCAAGAGGAGGAAGAAGAAGUGGCCGAGGGAAAAGCCGAUGAAGACGUGGAAUAGCGAGACGAGGCCAGGUGGCCGAGUGUCGAGGAACAAGAGGUCGGCUGCCGAUUGGAUUGAUGGAGACGUCGAUCGGACCGAGGACUUUCUCAAGAUGCACGCUCUCGUCGUGAGGGAUGAGGACGUGCCCGACUGCGGCCACGCCGCCGACAAAGUUACGAAAACAAGGUAUUUCAUGUGCAGCGGAGUUAUUUUAAACGAGAAGCACGUCCUGACGUCGGCCACGUGCAUGAAUCGAGCUCAAAUCUACGAGCAUCACAUUGACGCAGAGCUCGCUGUGCUGAUUGGAGCAUUACAGGAGAACAGUUACGUUAUCAAGAUUGCGCACUACGAGAUACAUCCACAUUACGUACCCGAUCCUAAUUCAAUUCAUCAUGCGACAUACAAUGUCGCUGUUUUAACGCUCUCUUGCUCAAUUCCCCGCAAGUCGGCGGUAAUUCCAAAGUUGCCGUCCAACGCUUUCGACGACGUCGGACACAUGUGCUGCCCCGAUAGAUGCAAGCUUCUGACGGUGAUCGAGAAUUCAAAUAAUCAACAUGUCAUAAAAAAAUUACAAUUGAAACACUUGCCAUCGCCUAGACACAUAGAUGACGAUGAUCAGGAUGACGGAAAUGACGAGGAGUUCAUGGUGAGGUCGUUCAAAAAGGGGCAGAAGAAUAGAAAUAACUCGAGAACUACUAAGCGACCAGUAUCAAAACAAUUAGGCAGAAAAGUUAGAAAACGUGACAAAACUCCUCCGCAAUAUUUCACCAAAGAAGUGGCGGACAAAAAGAAAGCCAAAGAACUGGAGACUAGUAAAAAAGAAUCUAAUAAUGCCCACACGAUAGCAGCAUCGGGAAAUGCAGAUAUCGAGAUAGAUUGGGAACUAAUUAAAAAGGAAAUCAUGGCAAAUGAUGUCGCAGCGGAGAACAAAGAAAAAUUGUCAAAUUUUAUGAAAAACUCAAUGAGCGAUAUCAUAACGAAAAUUUUAGAAUCGAUGACGCGGUAUGUCGCUCGCAUAGACAAUACUUUUCCGUUUUUCAAAAAUAUUCUUAAAAAGAAUACGCCAUCUACGGACGAUAAGAUAAGCGAAAAAAUAUCUGACUUGAUGGGCAAAAAAGUAUUAAAGCUAGCUUUGAGAGAGCUGUACAUCAUACCUAAAGAAAAUAAUGAUCCCGAAGAUGAACAUUUAAAAAACAAGGGCGAUUUGCAAUUGAAAGAUAAUCUAAGAAACAUCAACACCGACAAAGACAAUGCUGGAACAGAUGCCAAAGUUGAGGAUGACGAGGCUAAAGGAACAGACAGCAAAGUUGACGAUGCCGAUAGCAAGGCAGAAACGGACUCAAAAAAUGAUUUGACGAACGAUGCAAUUACUACUAUCAAAAAUGAGAAAGAGGUAACUACUAAAGAAAACCCAAGCAAUAUUGAUAAUGUGGAAAAUCCAAACGAUAUUAGUGUUGAUUACAAACCAAAAGAAAAUUCGGAACCAGAAUCGUUAUUGGAAAAGAACGUAUACUGUCCCCCGUUGGGAUCACCGAUAAUAUCAAAUAAUACUUUGGUUGCACUGAUUGCAUACACGUGUGACGAUGCGCAAAGUUGGGUCGAAUGGAAAUACUUCGACGUUAUCGGUAGCAUCAAAUGGAUUCGAACAGAAAUGACAAAGGAGUACCUCGAAUGACAAUCGAUACGAAAUCCACAGUCACGUUACGCAAUUCAAAUGUAUUCGAAUGAAACUCUUUGUUACGAGAUGCAUCUCUAUUGUGAAAAACUCCCGUUUUUGCGGAAUCACCGCCAGCAAUAAAUCAAUUUUGUCCAAA